ACGACGCAAAGAGAGGUCCGCGGACUUUAAUUUGUUUGUGUAUAUGUAUAUAUAUAAAUAGCCGGCGUCCUCGCUCGUCGCCUCCGCAAAUUAGCAAAUCCGCACGCAUUUCACAUACACAAAAUAUACAGCUCCUCAGCUCCACAUUGAUCAUUUGGCCGUUAUAUCCAGCGCGGAUAAAUUAAUCCUUGUCUUCAUCGCUCCAUCGUCGUCGUCUGACCGCCGCCCGCCGUCGCCGUGACCAUCAACAAUCAGGCUAGCUAUAGCUCCUGCUGCGGCCUCUGCAUCGAUCGCCGGCGCCGCGACUGCCGGGGGAGCCGCGCGCGGAUCGUCGUCGAUCGGAGCCACACAAGUACGCACAGACAUGGCUAAGCUCAAGGCGGCGCGCGCCACCGACGUCCCGUCCGCCUUGCCGCCGGAGCCGGACAUCGCCGCGGACCUCGACGGCCUAGCAGCCGCCGCGUCCUCGUGCUCGUGCAUCAGAGCGGGCGCGGCGGAGGCGACGACGACGGCAGCCGAGGGACGGCCGCUGGUGGUGAUAGGGCACCGCGGCAAGGGGAUGAACACGCUGGUGUCGCCGGACCCGCGGCUGCGCGGGGACGUCAGGGAGAACACCCUCCGCGCCUUCAACGACGCCGCCGCCAGCCACCCCGCCGUCGCCUACGUCGAGUUCGACGUCCAGGUGACCAAGGACGGCUGCCCUGUCAUCUUCCACGACAACUUCAUCUACACCCAACAAGACGGCGAAAUCUCAGGGAAGCGUGUCACCGACCUUGACCUGGACGAAUUCCUCUCCUACGGGCCACAAAGAGAGCAGGGGAAGGCCGGCAAGCCACUUUUCCGGAAGCUCAAGGACGGGAGGAUCCUCAAGUGGGACGUGCGGUCCGAGGACGCCCUCUGCACGCUGCGUGAGGUCUUCCAUGGCGUCCACCGCCGUGUCGGCUUCAACGUCGAGCUCAAGUUCGACGACGACCUCGUCUACACGGAGGACAGCCUCACCUGCAUCCUACAAGCCGUCCUCAAGGUUGUCUUGGAGCACGCCGGCGACAGGCCCAUCAUCUUCUCCAGCUUCCAGCCCGACGCCGCGCAGCUCAUCCGCAAGCUGCAAGACAAGUACCCUGUGUUCUUCCUGACGAACGGAGGGACGCAGGUGUACGCCGACCAGCGCCGGAACUCGCUGGAGGAGGCCGUCAAGCUGUGCGUCGCCGGCGGGCUGCAGGGGAUCGUGUCCGAGGUCCGCGCGAUACUCAGGCAGCCGUCGGCGGUGGCCGAGAUCAAGGACGCCAACAAGCUGUCGCUCAUGACCUACGGCCAGCUCAACAACGUGCCGGAGGUGGUGUACGUGCAGCACCUGAUGGGGGUGGACGGCGUCAUCGUCGACCUGGUGGGGGAGAUCGCCGAGGCCGUGUCGGCGUUCACGGUCACGGCCGUGCAGGCGUCGGGGUCCCAGGAUGGCGGCGGCGGCGUGGUGGGCGAGAGGAUGGAGACGGCCGCCGCCCUGGCGGUGGCAGCAGGGACGACGCCGAGCUUCUCGCCGCGGGAGAUGUCCUUCCUGCUGAGGCUCAUUCCCGAGCUAGUGCAGUAGCGUGGUGUUGUUGCUGGCGGAAUUUCUGCCAAGGAUUGACCCGGCCCAUUUGUAGAUUUAUCAACCAGCGUCGUUGACUUCUUUUUUUUCUUUUUGUCUGUCAACUGAAAUCGAAAAGGUUGUAGGUUGCAUUUGUAAUAUCCCCUGUACAUGAAUUAGAAACACUGUAGCUUGCAUCAGUGAAAUCUGUAGUCCUCUCUGUUAUCCGUAGUAGGAGUACAAACUAUAGCCUUGCCAAGAGUCAAUCGGCUAGUGGAUUAGGCUGAAAUGGGUUAAACGAUUUGGAUAUUA